AUUUGACGUUUUGAACCUAUCUAUCAAAAGUUACAAAUAAAUUACCACAAACAUUUUAAAUAAGAAACUCAACUUGCAAGUAUUAUCCUACAUUAUUUGAAAAAGAUGUCCAAAGAAUAGAAGAUGGAGAGUAAACUUAGAAAAUGGAGAACUAAACGAGACUUUAUAAAACUGCUACAAUCUCGUGAAAACAAUGCCGAAACCUCCAAAUUUUUCAAACAACAUUCACAAUUUACAGACAGUUUGAUAAAGCGGCUUGGUUUGGAAUUUGAAUUAGAAGGUCACCAAGGUUGUGUUAAUUGUCUAGAGUGGACCCCAAAUGGACAACAUUUAGCAUCUGGUUCUGACGAUACAAAUGUCAUAUUAUGGGAUCCUUUUAGACAUAAGAAAUUACAUGUAAUACCAACACAUCAUAUUGGAAAUAUUUUCUCCGUUAAGUUUUUAGGAACUUCUUGUUCUGAAUUAGCAACAGCUUCUGGAGAUUGUAGAGUUCUUGUACAGUCCAUACCUACAGCUAUAGCUAAAGGACCUCCAAUUCUUGAAUGCAGCUGUCAUGUUAAUAGAGUAAAAAGAUUGGCAACUUCUCCAGUUGAACCGUCUUUGUUCUGGUCUGCAGCUGAAGAUGGACUCAUUAUUCAAUAUGAUCUAAGAGAACAACAUGAUUGUUCUUUAUCACAAAUAAAAGUUUUAAUUGACCUUAGCGAUAAUUUUGGAGAAGUAAAAUGCAUAGCAGUUAAUCCAACAAAACCACACUACAUUGCAGUUGGGGCAAAUGACUGCUACAUUAGAUUAUAUGAUAGAAGAAUGUUAAGACCAUAUAUUCUCAAACAUGAGCGUAAUCAUUUUAAUUUCCGUAUUGAUUAUGGCAGUAGUAAGACACCUAAAAAGGAAAUGGAAACAGAAAAUUGUGUUCAAUAUUAUGCUCCAGGCCAUUUGGCAGUUGAAAAUGCAAGUGUUAGUAGCUUCAAAUUAGCUGUUACUAACAUAUCUUUCAAUUCUGCUGGGUCCGAAAUGUUGGCCAAUAUGGGAGGUGAACAAAUUUAUCUAUUUGACAUUAAUAAUUCUAGGCAUAUAAAAGAUAUUCAGGUGCCUCAGUUUUUCAAUAAGAAACAGUUGCCUGUAUGCAAUCAGUGUUACAAUUUGGAAGGAAAUGGUUUUCUAAAUAAACCUAAAAUAAAUCAGUUUCCUGAGGAAAAUUGCGUUUGUUUUUAUAUAGACAGAGCAAAUCAGUGUAUUAAACGAAAAUGGAUGGGUGAUUUGUAUAAUGCUGCACGAGACUUUUUACAUGUAAUUCAAAAUUGGCCUAGCAAAUUGCAGGCUUAUGUAGGCCUAAUAGAAUGUCUUUUAGAACUGAAAUGGACAGCUGAAGCUAAAAAAUGGUUGGAUUAUUUUUCAGCUUUACCAGAAAAUAGUAAUAAUCCACAGAUAAAUUUGUUACAAGUGAAACUGGAAAAGCUCUUUGCCUCCAAUCAACCCAAAGAAAAAGACAUGGACGUUUCAGAAGAUAAAGAUAGAUAUUUUAGAAAAGUAGAUGAAAAUGAACAAAAGAAAAGGUUGGAAUCUUUAGAUUUUGAAAAGAGAUUUUUAGGCCAUUGUAACACUACGACUGAUAUCAAGGAAGCUAGUUUCUUAGGUGAUGACGGAAAUUAUGUAUGCGCUGGAUCAGAUGAAGGAAUAAUUUUCAUUUGGGAAAGAAAAAAAUCUAAAAUUGUAACGGCUUUAUUUGGGGACGUAUCCAUAGUUAACUGUAUUCAACCACAUCCCAGUGCCUGUUUUAUAGCUUCCAGUGGCAUAGACUCAGGUGUCAAACUCUGGUCUCCACUUCCAGAACUUGACGAUUUUGUAAAUCCUCGUGUAGUAACCGACGUUCAAGCAGUGGUAGAAGCGAAUCAGAAUAGAAUGGCGAUGGACCCUUUGGAAUCUAUGUUAGUUAACAUGGGAUAUACCAUUCCGGGAGUACACAUGUCUAAUGAGGUACCUUCUUGUCAGACAUGUUAGUUGUGGUUCAUUGUUCGCUCAUAUAAUAUAUAAAUAUACAAAGAAGGAUGCUUUGCAGAAAGUUGUCUUUUAAUAUAAAUAACACAUAUUUCUUUUUUAUUUAUAUGGUUAAAUUUCACAUUUUUAUAGUGAGAUGUAAUAUUAAAAAUCUUUUAAUUCCCGAGUGUGUUUGAACACGUUCAUUGUCUUUGAUGUUUUGGUUGGUUUUAACAUACUAGCUGACAAAAUGACUUGGAAUGAACUUUGUCGGGACCUAUGCAAUAUAGAUCUACAAUAUCUCGAGAAAAAUAUAAUGAAAUCUUUUGUUUCUGACAUUAAAUUUUACAAAUCAUAUUUACACAAAUUGAUAUUUAUAUGUAUUAUCUCAGAAGAUUAUUAAUCUGCCCACCGUUUUAUUUGAUUUGCGGGGUGAAAUUUUUUGGAAUAGAUACAUAUUGAAUAGAAGGUUACAAUGGCUAGGUCACUUAGAAUGAAUGGACUAAGACAGACUCAUGAAAUAAGUUGCAUGGAAGAUAUCAGAGGGUAAGAGGAAAAGAGCUAGAUUAAAAAAUGGUGGAAGGAAGUAGUGGAAUAAGACCUUAAAGGAAAAAAUAUCCAGAGCUGGAGGGAAAAAGGAAGGGACGAAAGAAGUGAAGGAGAACCUAAAUGCUCUGCAGAUAAGCCUAUAUAUAAAAACAUAUUGAAUGCUUUCAAAAUUUAUAUAUUUAGUGAAUCUUCGUCAUAAAUAGUUUUUAAUCGUUUUUUUCUGUUUUAUUGUUUUUCUUCAAAUAUUUUUGUAACUUUUGUGGAAAUACUGCCUAACGCCGUUUUAUUUGGCUAAGUGAAAUAGGGUGGGCCAGAAUAAAUUUUAUCAAAACUUAUUAAAAACCAUUGUAUGUAUAAAGAAAUUGUCAUUUAUUUUUUAUAAUUUCAGCACUAAUACCUAAAGUUUUGAUUCACUUUUUUUUUCGGCAAUAAAACAGUAGAUACACCUCCAUUCUUCAUACACUGAGUAAACUGAUUUCCAGCUUUGCCUUGAUUUCUUACUUGACGUUGGUCUCCAAUCUUGUAGGACGAUUCACAUUCUCGGGAUUUCAAAGAACCCAUGCCACUCCAAAACGUUCCUAAUUGAGAUAAGAUGCGAUUGGAAAACAGAUAUCAAUACUCUUUUAGUGUGAUAUUGUACUAUCUUAUUCAAACAAAUUUUCCGUUAAAUCCAACUCAUCUAGCAAUGGGAACAAAUCUUGUAAUAUGUUUACAUACCAGUUAGAGUUAACUGUCACUUGAAAGAACCAGGGACCAAAGAUUCCAUUCCAUACUUGCCUGCACAUUGUGACUUUAGGAGAAUACAAAGACAGUUUCUCGAUGAUUGGUGGAACUUUAUUUAAUUUUUUUUAACGUCCCACAGAAAUGAAAAUGAAUUUCAUCAUUACAACAACAAAUAGAUUUCAACGCAUGAUGUCAGGAAAAAGUUUGUCUUCCAGCAUCUCUAACUAAUCCACUAGCGCUCCGCUAUGGCGUCAAUCUAACUUUUAUGAGGAUAUUGUUACAACUAUUUCAUUAAAAACAUGAAAUAUAUUUUUUAAAUUAAUCAGAAAGUAAGUGUUAUUUUUUGAAAGAUCUGCUUUUUGAAUUGGCAUCUUUAUAUUUACCAUUGUACAGUUGCAUAAUUUUUUUAUUAUAUUGAAUUUAUCCAUUUUUGACAGCGAAAAUAUAAUUUAUCUCCUUUUAUUAUGAGGUACAUAGUUUUGGGAUUCUAUUUGAUAUUGUUUUUUGUUCUGAAGUAUAAGAUUUGAAUUAAUAUUUCUAUUAUUAAAAUAUUUUUUGUUUUUAAAGUAACAAAAUUUCUAAUACUUUAUAGUUUUUUAUUAUAUUUUUUUGUACACAUUUCAAUAAAAUCUUUGUUACCUAUUAUAUUAUGAUAUUAAAAAACAAAAACGUGUACAGCAUUGUAACGGAUAGUGUUUUUAGAUACGUGAGUUAUCGUUUAUUUAUUGCUUUAAAUUUUUUACAAUUUUAUUGUUAAACUUUAUUAAAAAAAAAUAAAAUGAAGUGAAAAAAUUA